AUGGAACUGGCAACAAAUGGAUCCGGCACACUUACCACGGACAACACAACCGACACAACAAGCACCACAGAAGUGGCCAUAAAUAGUACCAUGGAACUGGCAACAAACGGCACACUUGCCACGGACAACACAACCGACACAACAAGCACCACAGAAGUGGACAUAAAUGGCACCAUGGAACUGGCAACAACUGGCAUACCUACCACGGACAACACAACCGGCACAAGCACCACGCGGGGUACUUACGAACCUUUUACAGAACCUAGUGUCAAUAUUAACAUCACUUUAGAAUCCCAAACAGAACAAACUACCAAUACAACCCGCACAAACCAGAUAACUACGGAAGCAAGCACCAUAGAAGCGGCUACAAGCGGUACCAUGGAACUGGCAACAAAUGGAUCCGGCACACUUACCACGGACAACACAACCGACACAACAAGCACCACAGAAGUGGCCAUAAAUGACACCAUGGAACUGGCAACAAACGGCACACUUACCACGGACAACACAACCGACACAACAAGCACCACAGAAGUGGCCAUAAAUGGCACCAUGGAACUGGCAACAACCGGCAUACCUACCACGGACAACACAACCGGCACAAGCACCACGCGGGGUACUUACGAACCUUUUACAGAACCUAGUGUCAAUAUCAACAUCACUUUAGAAUCCCAAACAGAACAAACUACUAAUACAACCCUCACAAACCAGAUAACUACGGAAGCAAGCACCAUAGAAGCGGCUACAAGCGGUACCAUGGAACUAGCAACAAGUGGAUCCGGCACACUUGCCACGGACAACACAACCGACACAACAAACACCACAGAAGUGGCUACAAACGGCACCAUGGAACUGGCAACAAACGGCACACUUACCACGGACAACACAACCGACACAACAAGCACCACAGAAGUGGCCAUAAAUGGCACCAUGGAACUGGCAACAACCGGCAUACCUACCACGGACAACACCACCAGCCAAGUAGCUACCACAGAGAAAACAACUGAAGCAGCCACCAUUGUCUACGCGAGCACUGAACAGGUAAUCACCCAAGAGGCCGCAACGAAAGAUGUAGCCACAAGUGAUGCAAUCGCGACUGAACAAGCCACUGAAGCAACCCCUAUAGAACGAACAACUGAAAAGGCCACCACAGCGAUAGCCACCACCGAACAACAAAUUGUAAAGGCCACAACUGAAACAGUAGCCACAACUGAUGCAACCACAGAAGACCAGGCCAUUGAAGCGACCACCAAUAUGCAAGCCACGACUGACUCAGCUAGCCCAGGUGUGGACAUCAAAUGUCCCGACAGUAUGGAUCUGGACAUCACUGACGGGAGUCCGACGUCUCUUGUCACUUGGCCUCCUCCUACUGUCAGUAGUUCCACGGAGGCCGCUAAUUGCCAACCGGCAUCUGGUAGCCAGUUCUCCAUCGGAAACACUGACGUUGUUUGUGACGUGAGAGAUAAUUUCGGAAAUGAAGCAAGAUGCUCCUUCACAGUGGCUGUUACUGCCUGGUGCCCGGAUGAUAUCUAUGUUAUAUCUGCUGGUUUUGUCACCUUCCCUGAAACCAGACUAUCGGAAACUCGAAACACACUGGAGGAAUGCGUCAAGAACGACGGAACGGGCACAAUGCAUCCUCGUGCGUCUCGUUUGUGCGGUGGAAGCGUCCAAACGGGUGCCCACUGGCAACAGCCCGUCUUUAUCGACUGCCUGCAAGAGCAAAAUGUCAACGAGGGCUUGGAUGAACUGGCUGAGAAACCAAUCACAGACGAGAACGUGGAUGACGUGUCGGACGCACUUGCUUCUCUGACUAAUCAAACGUCGGGAAUCGAUAACAAAGGUGUGGCCUCCGCAGCUGACAUACUGGACGGUAUAACGAAGACUGGGAACCCGUCACCUGAGGUGACUUCCGAUGUUGUCCAGGUUGUUGAUAACAUGCUACAGGUGGACGACGAUUCCUUUGAAUCGACUGGCAACGCGUCGUCUCGGAUAGUCAAGUCCCUGGAGGCCCAGGUCUCUCUCGUCCUGUCGGGAGGGGGGAACUUCAGCUCCGUGACCCAUAGCCUCGCCGUCAAAGCGCUCCACGUUUCCUCUGACUCUGUCGGCGCGCACGGAGUAGGAAUGGUGGCCAGAGCAGGCCGAGACGGAGAAUGGCUGAAGGAGGAGAAUAUCAACAUCUGCCCCAGCCAAUGCGAUGGUGACAACCCUCAGAGCAUGAUCGCAUCCAUCAUGCUACCUAAAGAAAUUGUGGACCGGCUUCCUUCAGAGCCAAUCAAUGUGGGCCAGGUACCGCUGAGUUUCAUGAUGUAUCAGAACGACAAGUUGUUUCGGUCCCGGAACUUGUUGGAUCAAUAUGCAACGUCCUAUUUUCGAACUGUCGGUAGUAGCAUCGUGGUCGCCGCCGUGGACGGCGUCGAAAUCGACAACCUUCCGAGCAAUUCGUCGGUUCUUUCAACAUUCAGUUUAUUGAAGGUACAUGAAGAAAAGACCGACACACCAAUGAAUGCCGAGUGCGUCUUCUGGGACUUCAAAAUGCACGGCGGAAUCGGGGAUUGGUCCAACAAAGGUUGUCAUCUGGUGUCAUCUAGCCAAAAGAGGGCGGUGUGUAGCUGCAACCACUUGACAAGCUUCGCCGUGCUGGUGGACGUUUUCGGCCAGACGAGGACCAGCCCAGCUUUGGAUAUUAUCAGCAAGAUUGGUUGCGGAGUAUCAGUGAUAUCUCUCAUCAUCACCAUUGCCGUUUACAUCGGUAUACGAUCGCUGCGAGUCAAGAUCCCCAGCCGCAUCCUGAUCUGUCUCUGUUUCUCCCUCCUGUGUCUCUACCUGAUCUUCUUGGUCGGCAUUGAGCAGACCUCCUCCGGUAACGGCUGCCUGGUUGUGGCAGUCUUACUCCAUUACUUCACCUUGGCCUCAAUGGCCUGGAUGGCGGUGGAGGCCACAAACAUGUACUUGCUCCUGGUCAAGGUCAUCAACACGAUUUCUAUGCGGCGUUUUAUGCUGCACGCAUCCCUGGCUGCGUGGGGUGCUCCGCUAAUAAUUGUGGUCACCAUCCUAGCGGUUGAUUAUACACAGUAUCAGAGCAAGACAUACUGUUUCUUGAAGUCUGGUCCAGCAUUCCUAUAUGGUGAGAUGGCCAUAAUUGGUGUGGUCCUCUUAUACAACACAAUCAUCUUCAUCAUGGUGCUGGUGAGCAUCUACGGUCGAAAUCAGGUCCGAAGCACGGCAGAUCAGCACCGGCGGCGGAAGGCUUCCCGCCGGGUGCAGAACGCCCUGGCCAUCUCCGUCCUGCUGGGCCUGACCUGGUCGUUCGGUCUGCUGUCGGUGCUCGAGGCUUCCAACUUUGCCUUCCAGGUCCUGUUCUCCGUCUUCAACUCCCUGCAGGGGCUCUUCAUCUUCCUGUUGUUCUGCUUGCGUCAGGACAACAUCCGCGCGAUCCUCCUCGGGAAACUGAAGUCCGUCGACAGAAGCAAGCACGUGUUCUGUCUGAUGAGCGGAGGGGGGAAGACUCCACUGGCAGGAAAAGGCACCGAGACGACCCACGGAAGCACGAACUCUCCGUCCGGUAUUGAGCUGCUGAUACUCUCUCGUACCAGUGCGUCUUUGUACAAGUGGCCUUCACAAUUUACGAGACAACCAGAAUACGUUGAUAACCAGGAACAUCCCUUUGCCGUCAAACAAGAUUAAAGAGUCCUCUUCCCAACCAACUGUAAAUAAAAUAAAUGACAUGAAACCAAGAUGUUUGGGCCAGCUUAUAAGACUUUACUACUGAACAUUUCUGUUUUCAACGGUAUAAAACUUUGUGUAGUGGUUCUUUCAUUUUGACCAAGUCACAAACUUCGCACCAUUCCAUCAACUUAACGUGACCUUUUGCUUUUUUUAGUAUUCUUUUGUUGUUCGCUUUACAUAGUACCUCUGAAUCGCUAUAGAGACAAAGUCAAAUUUAAUUUUACAUUGUUGCUUUUCAAAACUUAGUGUCUUCUUAGUAAUUGAAGCUAUUAGUAAGAAGCUAUUGCUACUCAUGUGUAAUACCAACUUCGCAUAUUUUACCAUUUCAACAAACGAACGCAUUUUUAAGAGUGUUUUGUGCACACUACUAUGGUGCCCUAGACAAAUACAAAUUGCCACAACAGCGUGUGUAGGCCUAUACAAACUUAAGACUAAUAAGAUAACUCAGUGUUACGUAUAUAAGAUUAACGAAUGCUUGAUUUAUAAAUAUGGAAGUUUAAGCCCGUUGCUCGG